AUGAAGAUCAUCAUCUUCCUCCAAGCCCUCCUGAUGGCCACCUACAGCCACACGGUUCUCGCAUCGGUCACCGACAGGUCCAUGCUAAUCAAACGACAAGACAACAGCACCGUCACACCCGCAGACGGAGACGCCAUAACCGCCAUGUUUGAAAACGGCAAUAUCGUAAACUCACUCCUCGAGAACGGGAGACAGAAGGUGGAGUUCUUUGGCGAUGAUGGCCUGCUUGAAGUUACUGCUAUUGAGACCGAUGACGGGGCAAUCUUCUACGACAACGAAGGCAACGAAGUCAACCUCGCCGAUCUGGAUCUGGACGACGACGACGACGAAGAAAGCGACGAUACCGAGCAAACUCUGCAAAAGCGCGUCUCGAAGUGGAGAAUCGCGAUCCGGUUCGCGAAGCUGAUCGCCAAGUACGGCAAGAAGGUGUGGCCUUAUAUCAAGUGUGUUGGGACUGCGCCUUUCUGGAAGUGCGGUACGAAGUUCCUACACUGCGCUGAGAGGGGCAUUGCGCCGUGGAGUUGCGUUGAGGGCGGCUGGUGCAUUGGGAGGAAGACUUAUCUGCAUUGCAAAUAG